AUGGCGGCGAAUGAUGACAGUGACGAGGAAGCUGCUGACCAAGCCGAGGCCGAGGUCAUCCAGCAGGCUGCGUGGGUUGUCUCCCCCCCUGUCCUCGCUGGGCCGAGCACGGACGAAGGCUCUCCCAGUACUCCACGAGCCCUAAAGGUGGUGACGCUCCCAUCAUCGCCAGGGGGUUCUGGUAAGGGGCGGAAAAGAAAAGGGGAACCGCUGAGCCAGCCCUGGGGGAAGCCGCCUAGAAGUGAGCCAGCCAAGCGCGACUGUCGUUUGCGCGAUCAGACCUGCAUUCUAUCGAAGUACAGAGAGGACAUCUGCGAGGCGUGCCACUUAUACCCCCACUGCAUGAGUGACCCAAAUUCUAACGGUGUCAAACAAUUUUUUGACGCUUUAAGGGAGUUUUGGUCUGCUGAAAAGGUCGAAGCAUGGCGUAAUGCCAUUUUUGGACAUGUCCUCGGAACUGAAAGGGCCGCAAACUUCAUACUUCUCUCCCCCGACGCCCAUGAGCUGUACACCAGGGGAUACUUUGCGCUUGAGCCUGUCGAGGAAGAUCCGGAAGGCAAGUGGAUCAUGCUGAAGAUUUGGUGGCUGAAGCAACAUACAGGUGUUGUUGAUUUCAGCAUUGCUCCGCAGCUUCCACCAAAUCAGCACCCAAGAGAGUAUGAGGUUGGACUCCACAAUAUCCGCGAUGAUAAACCACUCCUCUCUGGUGACCCAAUCACUCUUGAGACUCCUGAUCCCGUUAAUUAUCCCCUGCCCGAUUUUCGGAUCCUUGAAUUGCAGUGGAUCCUUAAUCGCGUGCUUGCCCUAAGGGGAGGGGCGGAGCCGAAGGACUUGGAAGAAUAUGAGUCAGAUGAAGACUCCGCUGACGGACUAGAGUAUUGA